CGUGGAUCGUCGUACCCUCCCAAUGAUCGACGCUCUCCCUGGGACUGUGGUAGGGAAGCAGGGACUCCGGGCCGCUUAAUCUACAGUCCACGGAAGGUUGUGUGGGAUGUCGUCAUGUUCCUAUCUGUCGACGUCUGUGAUCAUAAAGGAGGCCCCAGCACAGUCUUCUCCUUCUCCUUCUUCAUCUCACGCCUCCAACCUCAGAUACCAAGCUCAGUCAACAACUCUCCCUCCUACCGGUAACACUGUCCAUCAUGAAGUUCCUCGCCCUCGCAGCCGCCCUGUCGGUGGCCGUCACCGAAGUCUCGGGCCACUACAUCUUCCAGCAGCUGUCCGUUGGUUCCACCAAGUACGGCGUCUACGAGCACAUCCGGAAGAACACCAACUACAACUCCCCGGUGACGGACCUCGCCUCGAACGACCUGCGUUGCAACGAGGGUGGCGGCAGCGGUGCGCAGACCACGGUGGUCAACGUCAAGCCCGGUGAUUCCUUCACCUUCACCCUCGACACCGCCGUCUACCACCAGGGCCCCGUCUCUCUCUUCCUUUCCAAGGCCCCCUCCCACGUGCAGGACUACGACGGAAGCGGUAAAUGGGCCAAGUUCAAGGACUUCGGCCCGACCUUCUCCAACGGCCAGGCAUCGUGGCCCCUGAGAUUGACCUACCAGCACACGAUCCCGACGUGUCUCCCCAACGGCGAGUACCUGCUGCGCGUGCACAACAUCGGCAUCCACAACCCGUGGCCUGCUGGCAUUCCUCAGUUCUACAUCUCGUGCGCGCAGAUCAACGUGACGGGCAGCUCCGCCCCGGCCAGCUCGUUCGCGCCGACUCUCAGCAUCCCUGGAGCUUUCAAGAACACCGACCCUGGAUACACCGCCAACAUUUACCAACCUGGCUUCACUUCGUACGAGGUCCCUGGAGGCAAGGAGUGGACGUGCUAGUUCUGUGGCCGCUACCAUUCGUGAAGAAAAAGACAUAAGACAUCGCGUGCUCGAAAGGUAGUCUCCUCGCCAAGGGGG